UCCGGCUCCUAGCCCGCUUCUUGGUGCGCGAGGCAGGCGCUGGGAGCAGAGGCGUGGGUGGCCGUUGCCAUGGAGUCGGACGGCAAAGGGGCCUACGUGCUGAGUAACCUGGCUGAGGUGGUGGAGCGGAUCCUGAGCUUCCUGCCCACCAAGGCAUUGCUGCGGGCGGCCUGUGUUUGCCGGUUAUGGAGAGAAUGUGCCCGUAGAUUACUGAGAACACAGCAGAGCAUUGCGUGGGUCUCUUCACUUGAGCCUGGUCCAUCUGAUAGUCAUUCACUGGUCCGUGCAUUAGCCGAAGAACUUGAGAAUGUGCAUGUGCUGCCACAAAUAGUACUUUACAUAGCAGAUGCAGAGACUUUCAUUGGAUAUGAAGAGUGUCACAGACAAAAGAGGGCAAGGAAAAGAAAUAGUAAAGAAACAGCAAUUGCACUAGAAAAGCUGUUGCCAAAACGAUGCCAAGUUCUGGGACUGGUCGCUCCUGGAAUUGUAGUUACUCCAAUGGGCUCAAGCAGCAAUCGACCUAAAGAAAUCGAAGACGGUGAAGCUGGCUUUGCUUUAUUGUUCCCUAAAAUUGAUGGUGUGAAAAUCCAUACCUUCCACUUUUUUAAAGUCUUUGAUGAAAGCAAAUUGACUGAAUCAGGUCUUAAAAAUAAUCCAGAGCUCCGUGUGGUUCUUCUAUUUGUCUACAAUUCCUGGAAGCCGGGAGCUAAUCGGUUUCUUAAUCAGAUAAUCAAUCCUUUAAAUGAAAAAAGUAUCAUCUUGGCUGGGGGGUAUGUGGAGAGCUUGACGUCACUGACCUCUGAGAAUAAUACUGAGGCUGGCGAUUCCUAUGGUGUGGUUGGAUUGGCUUUCAGUGGACCCCAGCUACAGAGUGCUACAGUUUUGUUAGACCAGGAUGUAAUUGAUGAACGGACUGUAGAAGCAGCAAUGCAGCGUCUCAAAGCAGCAAACAUUCCUGAGCACAACACCAUUGGGUUCAUGUUUGCGUGUGUUGGCAGAGGAUACCAGUAUUAUAAAACCAAAAGGAAUCUUGAAGCAGAUGCAUUUAGGAAGUUUUUCCCUAAUGUUCCCCUAUUUGGCUUUUUUGGACAUGGAGAAAUAGGAUGUGAUCGAAUAGUCACUGGGAAUUUCAUACUGAGAGAAUGCAAUGACAUAAAGGAUGAUCUACUCCAUGGUUAUACUACAGUUAUGACUCUUAUUCAUCUUGGUUCAACUAAAGCAAACCAAGUUUAAACAUGUUUUUUAAAUACACCAGCUGAGCUACUUGGUUGUUUCCAUUCCAGAAAACUGAAAAAUCUGGAAUACAUACAUACUAUAAAAGCACCUUCCAAAAUCUAAAGUAAUCACUUUUGUAAUGUUAUAAAAUCAUGUAGUCAGGAUAGUGUUUAAUGCAGUAGGUAUGGGGAAGCUUUGCAUUUUGUGUAAUACUGUGCAAAAGUCAGAACUGCAGGUAAAUGUACAUGUGUUCAAAUUUUACAAUAGAAGGAAGCUUCUUUCUUUCUCCUAAGGCUAGAAGAGUGCACAAAUGGCAGUGUAGUCCAGCAAAAACGCUCAACAGUAUAGAGAAGUGAACCAUCAGUAUUUUGAUGUGAUCUCUUAUACAUGAAGUCUUUAAAAGCUACUGAUGUGUAUGUGUCCGGUUCCACCUUUACCUGAGUCUUCUGUCAACAGAGAUAUGUACAUUCCAUCCAGAUUCAGAAUUGGGCCCUACCUACAAGCAAUAAUACCUCUUUAUUAGGUCAAAUGAAUGAGAAUAUUUGGGCAAUAAUCAUGAAGUGUUCAUUAAAUAAAAUACAAAAUAUAUGUAAAAGGUACAGUGUCUUCUAUUUUUAGAGAAAAAAGCCAAUUUAAAGGGAAACUAUCAGGUUACAAACUGACUCCCUUCAAGAACACCUUGGAUUAAAACAAUUUUAAGUAUCUGACAUACUCUUUACUGUGUCUGCUGUUUUACUUUUGCAUUUCUCAGCUUAGAUUCUCCGGCACAAGCACAAUGAU